AGAAAUGUAUCAUUCCACUACCCAGGUUGCCAAAACCAUCCCAGCGUCUGCAACGUCUCCCUCACCAUUGAGCCCGGUCAACUAGUCGUCCUCGUGGGCGUCAACGGCAGCGGCAAGACCUCCCUCCUCAAGCUCAUCGCCGGACUCUCGUGUGCAUGCGGGGGUGAAAUCGAAAUCGACGACCAUCCCGUGCACGAAUAUGAUAGCCGCCAUUUGCGCCGUUCUAUGGCGUUCAUGACAUCGUCCGAAGAUAUUUACCCCGUGUCGUUACGCGAGAAUAUAUUGAUGGGGUUGGAUGAUUGUGGCUUCGAAUUGAGUGACGUUGCUGAAAAGAUCGAGGAAGCCGCGCGGCUUGGGGGGGCGUAUGACGUUGUUCAACGACUAGGGCAGGAUGCCAUUCUGAAUCCUUGUCGGGUUCUCGGGCAGAGUCUGCGCGGGUGUGGGAAUGGAGAAAUUGGGGACGCUGCGCUCAGGGAAUUGGAUCUCCAUUCGCCCGCUUUGAUGAUAUUGGAUGAGCCAACAUCUGCGUUGGACUCUAUGGCUGAACGUGAUUUCUUCAAACGUUUUCGUGAGAUCGGGAAUGGGAAGACGAUGAUUUUUGUGACGCAUCGGUUUGGAAGCAUCGUGAAAAAUGCUGAUAUGAUUUUAUGCAUCGAUGGAGGGAAAGUAGUUCAGCAAGGCACUCAUGCGGAAUUGAUUGAGAAGAAUGGUAGAUAUGCGGAACUCUACAAUGUUCAAGCGGCUGCUUUUUCAAGUUCAUGA